AUGAAACAUGAUCAGAAAAAGGAACCUGCACGUAUCCAAAAAGUGAAGCCGAAUUUCACUUUAAGUUUGGAUAAGCCUGUGUAUUUUGACCACGAUGUUGUACAGAUUUCGAUCGACAUCGAUUCGCAAAGAGACUGUCCGUUGUACUACCCGGACAUGAAGUUGCUAAUUGCAAAUGUAUUCCAAGAGAAGACAAAGGACAAGAAGAAGAAGCCCAAGAACCACGUGCUUUUUAGCAAAUUUCUCAAAUUGGGAGAUGUCGAAGUCGUGCCUGGAGCCGCCCACAUGAAUUUGGAUUUUAAUUUGCCAGAGGAUAUCAUGCCGAGCUCAUUCCAGUCCGACCAUGUCAUAUGCUUUUGGGAAGUCAGUCUUACGUUCCAGAUUGCGAACAAACCACUAGUGGUCUUGUCGCAGACGCGGUUUGAGAAGUCUACUGUUUAUAUCCAUAUGAAUGAGGGCAAAACCUCCACGCGGAAAUCGUUUGAUAUCCUUGGCAGAAGCAAACUGCAAGUAGAAGUGUCCACCGAAAACUCAAUAAGCGCUGCGGACAAGCCUGUAUCGAUGGUGUUAUCGGCCACGUCAGAUUACAGAAGUCUGUUUAUAGAAAAAGUCAAGGUCUUUUAUAGACAAAGUGUUGUGCUGACCGACAAGCGAGGCGCUGAAAUGGUAUCGUAUAAAACUAACCUAGAGUCAGUUACACUGAGCAAAGACAGUACUAGUUUUGAAUACGGCGAAGCAUUGAAGGAAUCGCCGUCAACUGGGAGCCUGGUAUCAAAUGACUCAGCGGAUAGUAGACCAGGUACUCCUGUCUCACCUGAAAGUUUACCCAGAACCCCGGAGUCGAAGAAAGAAGAGAAACCGGUAACUAUGUUGGAGAAGGGGGAGAAAACAGAAAAGACUGGGACUAAGCAUCGAGCUUCUCUGUUUCCAACUGUAUUAAAGCAUCACCGACGGUCUACUAGCAAAUCGGGCAGUGAGACUAGCAUCAAAUUGUCGCCCGAGGACUUAUACGCGUCAGAAAGUGGGGUCAAUCGACGGGUUUCUCCGUCUCUGGCUCGUAAAGAGUCAUCGGACAUCGUUUUGAGAAAAGCGUUCAAGAAGGUACAGAUUUUGCCCACAACAGAUUCGAUACGUAAAGCCUGCCACCAAAGUCUUCAUAUUGAUACGGGAAAACGCGGUGACAGUGGAGAGUUCUUAGCGCCUUCCGUCAUUUACACUGCCAAUCAUAACGGCGUGACACUUCAGGUCACAUAUGAACUGGUUGCUAAGGUAACUGCCGUCGGAGAACUCGUUCAGAAAUUACGCCUACCAAUAACUGUUUCUGUAGCUGAGGAGGUCUCAAAGAUGGUUUUCGGCGAUAAUAUGAAUCGGAUGCUUGAUCAUGUUCAAUUUCAUGAGAACGAGGAACCACCAAUAUUCGAAGAGGUGGAAAAAGUGUCUGAUAUUGUUGGUAUCAGCGAGCAAGAAGCUGAAGAAAGUGUCUUCGUGGAUGGUGAACGGACGACCAUAAAACCAGGCAGACUGCAGCGAUAUUUCAUAAAACCAACAAACGAUAGGAACUGGGCUUAUGCCGGCCACAUCGACCAACUCAGAGCACGUGCUUAUACACUACCGCAGAGGAUACAAAUGAGACACGGCAGAGCUAAGAAGAAGUCCGCGCUAUUCUGGAAUAACAUAAAGUCAAGUGGGAAGGAAGCCGCCGUAGAGGAGAGCCUUGUACAGGGCACGGAGAGUUCCACAUCAGGCGAAGAUCUUGAUCAACACGAAGCUCGGUGGCAAGAGGCCACUGGGGGACCAACUGAGAAAACAUUCGAAUACUCCGCAAACCAGAUCUAUAACAACCGUGGUUCGGCGCCUAAUCUGAAUAUACAUCCACCAGAGACGGGGCCUUCUGACUCCAACCCGUGGACAAUACCUGAUAAUACGGCGAGGCGGACCGUUUUCGAACAGAGGUAUCAACCGGAUGUCGAAUCAAUAGGCAGAGCUCCCUCUAUCUCAACUUCAUCAAGUAUGGCAAAAUUGAGCCUACAAUCACCUGAGAAUCCAACGGAGUCUGAGAUGUACGAAGAAGACAAUACAGCGGAACGUCUGGGGUCGCUGCCUUUUGCACUGUAUAGCCAUAAUGGCGAGUCUCGCCCGCACAAUAAUCUCGAUGAGAUACUACCUAACUAUGACGAUCUUGAGAAUCAGUAGGCAGCUGAGCUUAGACAUACAUCCGGUGGUAGUUGCCACUCGCUAUCCAGCUAUUUAAUUAUCACUGUGAACUUAACCUGAAACUCUACUGGAUUACUACGAUUGCAACGACGCUAUCGGCAGCGUUACAGAUUUGGUAUCGGCAGGUAUAAAUAGAAUUCUAGAUAAAUAUAAAAUAUAAAUCCAUUAAUAAACGCCCUGGAUCAAUACUUAAAAACAUUAGCCGGGGG